AGAACGCGUAGUAGAGUUACAUAAAGCCAACACAUCUUCUUUGCUCUGUCGUUUGGUAUCUCUCAUCCCUUCUUUCGCUCAGGUCUCAAGAGUCAAGCGUCUGUCAGUUGCCUGCACAACGACCUUUCUCGGGCUCCCAGCACUAGUACCAAAUAGACUAUCACGAUGGCCGGAGGCAGCGUAUAUGUCGUCAUGGCAGAUGGUGAGAUUAAUUCCAUCUACUCUACACUCGCUGCCGCGAAUUCUGGCGCCGAAGAACUCAGUGCCGAAGAUGGCCAGAAACCAGAUUCGACAAAGAAACGCAAGGAUGGAUCCCUGGAAAUCACUGGCGAAACGAAGAUCGUUGUGGACAUAUGGCCGCUCCAGCAAGUAGCCCCAUCAAAGAGGACUACCUCCACCAAGAAAACCGCAGAAGCCAAACCGAAGAAGACUACUGCAGCUGCGAAGCCCUCAAAUGCUACGGGUCCUACUGUUGAAACUCCAGUAGGAUCAAAGGACGCAUUGAGUGGCAAGGUUGUCUGCGUCACGGGCACGAUCGAAGGCUAUACACGCACACAAAUCCAGACUGUCAUUCAGGAGCAUGGUGGAUCAACUGUCAGUUCCAUCACAAAGGCCGUCAACUUGGUCGUACUGGGCAUCGAUGCAGGCCAGAAAAAGCUGGAUGCUAUCGAGAAGAACGGCAUCGAGACGGUCGACUACGACGGACUGACCGGCAUGAUUGAGGCAUCAUCAGGAGGCGCAUCGAAGAAGCGCCGCCAUGGUUGAUUGAAGGAACGCUGUGCCCUACAAUUCAUUUUACAUGUGUCUAUUUCUCUAGGGUCCCACUCAUCAGCUUUGGUCGCGCUUUUAGGUUGUUGUUUUGCGUGGCGUCAUUUACCUUACUCCCGUACGGGUAUUAGCUACGAACGUCGACCCUUUCAAACCGAUCUCAGACAAACAUUGCAUUUCAGUUGAAUACCAGUUCUAGACCCUAAAAUUGCCAUGAUAUCAAAUCUUCUUUGUACUCAGGCCCGCACCAUACCAUGCGUUUUGUCCCUCAAGCUUUUCCAGUCGAUCCGAGCAUGUCCAUACACCUCUCGACGGCCUUUUGCAUAUUAUUAGUACCUUCUUCUAUCA